AGCCCGCAUCCGCCAGGUUGCCCCGCAGCCCGGCCGCCGAGAUGCCCAGCCCGCCCGGGCUCCGGGCGCUGUGGCUUUGCACUGCGCUGUGCACCACGCCGUGCGUCCGCGGCGCCCCUCAGCCCGGCCCAGGGACCACCUGCCCGGCCCCCUGCCACUGCCAGGAGGACGGCAUCAUGCUGUCGGCUGAUUGCUCCGAGCUCGGGCUCUCCGCUGUGCCGGGGGGCCUGGACCCCCUGACGGCUUACUUAGACCUGAGCAUGAACAACCUCACGGAGCUCCGGCCUGGCCUCUUCAGCCACCUGCGCUUCCUGGAGGAGCUGCGUCUCUCUGGGAACCACCUCUCACAGAUCCCGGGACAAGCCUUCUCCGGUCUCCACAGCCUGAAAAUCCUGAUGCUGCAGAACAACGAGCUGGCAGGAGUGCCCGCCGAGGCGCUGGGGGAGCUGAGGAGCCUGCAGUCUCUGCGCCUAGAUGCCAACCUCAUCUCCCUGGUCCCGGAGAGGAGCUUUGAGGGGCUGUCCUCCCUCCGCCACCUGUGGCUGGACGACAAUGUACUCACCGAGAUCCCUGUCAGGGCCCUCAACAACCUUCCCGCCCUGCAGGCCAUGACCCUGGCCCUCAACCGCAUCAGCCACAUCCCUGACUACGCCUUCCAGAACCUCACCAGCCUUGUGGUGCUGCAUCUUCAUAACAACCGCAUCCAGCAUCUGGGGACCCACAGCUUUGAGGGGCUGCACAAUCUGGAGACACUAGACCUGAAUUACAACGAGCUGAGGGAGUUCCCCGUCGCCAUCCGGACCCUGGGCAGACUGCAGGAACUGGGCUUCCACAACAACAACAUCAAGGCCAUCCCGGAAAGGGCCUUCGUGGGGAACCCUCUGCUGCAGACCAUACACUUCUACGAUAACCCCAUCCAGUUUGUGGGAAGGUCAGCGUUCCAGUACCUGCCGAAGCUGCACACGCUAUCCCUGAACGGCGCCACGGACAUCCAGGAGUUCCCAGACCUCAAAGGCACCACCAGCCUGGAGAUCCUGACCCUGACCCGCGCGGGCAUCCGGCUGCUCCCACCGGGGAUGUGCCAACAGCUGCCCAGGCUCCGAGUCCUGGAAUUGUCUCAUAAUCAAAUCGAGGAGCUGCCCAGCCUGCACAGGUGUCAGAAGCUGGAGGAAAUCGGCCUCCAGCACAACCGCAUCUGGGAAAUCGGAGCCGACACCUUCAGCCAGCUGAGCUCCCUGCAGGCUCUGGACCUGAGCUGGAACACCAUCCGGACUAUCCACCCCGAGGCCUUCGUGACCCUCCGCUCCCUGGUCAAGCUGGACCUGACCGACAACCAGCUGACCACUCUGCCCCUGGCCGGACUUGGGGGCCUGAUGCAUCUGAAGCUCAAGGGGAACCCGGCUCUGUCUCAGACCUUCUCCAAGGACAGUUUCCCGAAACUGAGGAUCCUGGAGGCACCCUACGCCUACCAAUGCUGCGCCUAUGGCAUAUGCACCAGCUUCUUCAAGGCCUCAGGGCAGUGGGAGGCUGAGGAUGCUCACCUUGCAGACAAGGAGGCUCUGAAGAGGCCCCUGGGCCUCCUCGCUGGACAAGCCGAGAACCACUAUGACCUGGACCUGGACGAGCUCCAGCUGGAGAUGGACACAAAGCCACAGCCCAGUGUCCAGUGCAGCCCCGUUCCAGGCCCCUUCAAGCCCUGCGAGCAUCUCUUUGACAGCUGGGGCAUCCGGCUGGCUGUGUGGGCCAUCGUCCUGCUCUCCGUGCUCUGUAACGGACUGGUGCUCCUCAGCGUGUUUGCCGGUGGGCCUGCGCCCCUGCCCCCUGUCAAGUUUGUGGUGGGUGCCAUCGCAGGUGCCAACACCUUGACUGGCAUUUCCUGCGGCCUCCUGGCCUCCCUCGACGCCUUGACCUUUGGCCAGUUCGCCGAGUACGGUGCCCGCUGGGAGACGGGCCUGGGCUGCCGGGCCACGGGCUUCCUGGCCGUGCUGGGCUCCGAGGCCUCCGUGCUGCUGCUCACCCUGGCCGCCGUGCAGUGCAGCGUCUCCAUCUCCUGCGCCCGUGCCUACGGCAAGGCGCCCUCCCUGGGCAGCGUCCGCGCCGCGGCCCUGGGCUGCCUGGUGCUGGCCGGGCUGGCCGCCGCGCUGCCCCUUGCCUCGGUGGGAGAGUACGGGGCCUCUCCCCUCUGCCUGCCCUAUGCCCCGCCGGAGGGCCAGCCCGCGGCCCUGGGCUUUGCGGUGGCCCUGGUGAUGACAAACUCCUUCUGCUUCCUGGUGGUGGCCGGUGCCUACAUCAAACUCUACUGCGACCUGCCGCGUGCCGACUUCGAGGCCGUGUGGGACUGUGCCAUGGUGAGGCACGUGGCCUGGCUCAUCUUCGCAGACGGGCUCCUCUACUGUCCCGUGGCCUUCCUCAGCUUCGCCUCCAUGCUGGGCCUCUUCCCGGUCACCCCAGAGGCCGUCAAGUCUGUGCUGCUGGUGGUGCUGCCGCUGCCUGCCUGCCUCAACCCGCUGCUCUAUCUGCUCUUCAACCCCCACUGCCGGGAGGACCUGCGGCGGCUCUGGCCCUGCACACGGGCCCCGGGGCCCCUAGCCUACGCCGCCGCCAGUGAGCUGGAGAAGAGCUCCUGCGACUCCACGCAGGCCCUGGUGGCCUUCUCGGAUGUGGAUCUCAUUCUGGAAGCUUCCGAGGCUGGGCGGCCCCCUGGGCUGGAGACCUAUGGCUUCCCCUCAGUGACUCUCAUCUCCUGUCAGCAGCCAGGAGGCCCCAGGCUGGAGGGCAGCCAUUUCGUGGAGCCAGAGGGAGCCCGCAUUGGGAACCCGCCCCCCUCCAUGGGUGGAGAACUGCUGCUGAGGGCAGAGGGGGCCACGUCAGCAGGCGGGGGCUUGUCAGUGGGCAGGGGCUUCCAGCCCCCUGGGUCAGCCUUCGCCUCACACUUAUAAGUGUCUUCCCCAUUCUUCUCUUCCCAUCUCUUCCCUUCCCUCUCCUCUCCCUCCAUGAAUGACGGCUGCUUGUAAAAUAAAUACAACCGAAACCCAACAGCGUGACCCACGCAGGAUGGCCCGGCCCCUGGCUCCACUGGUCUCCUCUCUCCCAUGGCCGUCACCAACAUGUGCUUCUUGGCCUGGCUUCCCCUGGGCCUUCCUCUGGGCGUUUCCCCUGUCAGGUCGGCAGCUGUGGGCCAGAAACCUGGAAAUCUGUCCACUUCAGGGAAACGAGAGAAGCAAAGACAGGGACUGCGGUGGGGACUGAGCAGGUCCAGGAUCAGGGUGCAGUGGGCAGGGGGACCUCCUAGAGAAAGGCCUGGGGGCCUGCCAAAGGCUUUUGGGCCUCUCCCCCGUGACUCACGGACAGGAUAGGAAAUGUGCUCUGUGUCCCAUUAAUCUUGAGAUGUGCCAUGCAAAAAGACAGCCUAUUAAAACAAGCUUUGGAGGAUAUUACCCACCACGUCCCUUUCUUAGAGAUUCGCAGCGCAUGUCAGCGUAGCGAAGGCUCUGAGAAUUCCUGUGGCAGUGAAUCUGCUGAGCUUCAUUUAACUCACUUCCUCAAAUUAUUUGACAACAGGUUUUUGUUUGCUUGUUUGGUUUUCAUGCCAUAUCUAUUAAUGUUUCAAAGAAUCUGGCACUGCUCUCUGCCAGGGGGCUCAUCUCUGUGCCAUCUAGCGCUACCCAUUGACAUCACAAGAUGCCACAAAUCCUUGAAAGCCUCCAUCCCAGAUGCUCCACCUGGGGUAAAGUGGAUGAUCCCACGAACCAGAAGAGCCUCUCCACGCGUACCUUCCCAUCCCUCUUGUCCCAGCCCUGUGGUUCCACCUUCAGCCUGCACGGGUGCAGGGACAAAGGGACCCAUAUGUGCUCCCACUGCCUCCCCAGGCGCAGCCACCAUUGAAACUUCUGCCCUCAGUAGGAGGGAGGGUUCCUGGGUCCCGGCACGGUACACACAGGGGAGGCCGGGGCUGUCUGGCUUCCCUCUGGCUUUGGGUCACCUUCCUGUGGUUCUCAUCAUAUGCCCCUUGCCACCUCCUGCCACAACCCUGGUCCUCCUUUCGCAUCCCAGGUCCUGCCUUCUCUGUGGGACGGCAGCCUUUGGCCAACACACUGGAGGGAUGUUUGUGCUGUAGGAAGCACCAGAGGCAUCUGGGAUUCCUGGGUGCCCCAGACAGGCCACGAGUCUUCUGCCUCUCCUGUCAUAACCUUCCUACCUUGUGGUUUACCCAGUGCCUCUGAGUGUUUCCAGAGCCCCGCUCCCCGCCCUAAGCACAGACACAUUCCACGUCAGGAUGAGGAGGUGAGAGCGGGGGCAUUCCUGCAGACAUCAAAGGAGAACCCAAGGCUCAGGAAAGGGUGGGCCUUGUUCCAGGGCACCCCAACCUCAGUCACACCAGGACAGGAGGCUGGGAUCCCAGACCGAGUGCGAUCAUCCUCCUCCUGAACCCUGUCGUGGUCCUCAGCCGGGCCCUGCCCCACGGGCUCCACUACCAAGACGACCCUGAGAAAGUCCCUCUAGUUUCUCAGCCUGCAGCUCAGCUUCUCUUCUGCCUCCCUGCUGCGCCCAGCGCCUCACGGACAUCCUGGCGGGAGUCAUCAGGCUGCCCAGGCUGCGGGGUGAGGCGGAGACCGUGAGUGGAUCUUGGUGGGUUCCUAAAUCUUGAUUGACCAGCUGAAUUGCCUGGACUCUUUCAGGCUCUGAAGCUGAACGUGCUGACCUUGUAACGACAGAAGAACCUAGGGGCCUCGCACAGGGUCAGCCUCAGCGUGGGCUUCACUGCACGGCGGGGGAGUCC